AUGCGCUUCGCUCUCACCACUGCUUCGGUUCUUUCCCUGCUGGCUUUGGCCACGGCUCGCGUCAUCAAGCGUGACAUCCCCACCAUCAUCCAGGACUUGACUCAGGUCAACACGGAUAUUGGCUCUCUCAGCGCUGCCGUCUACAGCUACUCCGGAGGUUUGCCCGCCGCCCUCGAGAUCCAGACUCAGGAGGCGGCCGUCGAGCACUCCUUGGAUCAGGCCGCGGCUGACGUCAACGCCACCGCGGUGUUCACGAUCUCGGAGAGUAACCGUGUGACUGAGGCUCUGACCCAGUUGGAGCCAGUCAUGCGCAGCUCCAUUUCCGCCCUGGUGCUCAAGCGAUCCCUCUUCAUCACCGCCGGCGUGGGGAGCACCAUCCGGACCAAUCUCCAUGCUCUCAGGGUCAAGACCGAUGCCUUGUCCGUGGCGCUGCAGGCCAAGGCGGCCGGACCCGACAAGGAGACCAUUCGUCAGGGUACCGGUGAUGUUGACGAUGCGUACGACAACGCCAUUGAUGCCUAUGACAUGCAGAUGUGA